AUGUCUUCAGUUAUCGUUCUUGGAGCUAAUGGUUAUAUUGGCAUUGGUGUUUCCCAAUCUUUACAGAGAAAUGGUUUUUCAGUGUAUGGCACUGUUCGAUCAGAAAAACAUGAGAAAUUCCUGUUGGCGAAUGAAAUUACUCCACUCGUCAUUCCAAAAGUUACAUCCUUGUUUAGUGAUGAGAAAUUUGGCAAGAUUUUGGAAAGGACAAGUGCAAUUAUUGAUUGUAUUGGGCUGACUGAUGAAACUGACAAGAUUGUGCAAUUGGUGAAGGAACAUUCUGCUGACAGAUUGAAAAGGAAACUUUCCAAGUUGGUUUUCGUAUUUACUAGUGGAAUUAUGACUUAUGGAAAGGCCUCUGCUGAACUAUUCCUGGAUGAGAAUGUGAGACCAGAGCCAACUCAUGCAUGGGUUGAGAAGAGAAGAGAUGUUGAAUAUGAAUUAUUGAAUGGAGAGUUUACCCAUUUGGAUACUGUUGUAAUUCGUCCUGGUUUCGUAUAUGGUAAGAGUGGUGGUGAAAUUUUCAAAGAUUUUUUCAAUCCAAAAAUUACUUCAGAUGGUAAAUUGACAAUUAUUGGAUCUCCUAAAAAGAGAUGGAGUUGGGUUCAUGUAGAUGAUUUAGGAGAAGCCUAUACUAAGGUUCUAACAGUUGGACGAAACUUAGUUUCUGGUCAAUUGUUCAACAUUGCAAAUCCAAAUGAUUAUCCAACCUAUGAUCGUGUCAGAAUUGAAAUUGCCAAACAAACUGGAUGGCAACCAAACUCUGAGAAUGAAACUGAUUCACUUCUUAUUGAGCCAGUUCCACAAGAAAAUGCUGGAUUGGUUGUUUGGGAGAAUACAGUGAUGAUUAAUCCGAGAAAGGCCAUUGAAGUAUUGGGUUGGAAUCCAAAACAUUUGAAUUUUAUUGAAAAGAUUCAUGUUUAUUAUCAAUCAUGGAAGAAUUCUCAAUAA